AUGAAGGCCAUCGAUGAGCUGUGCCUUCUGGGCCUACUCUUCCCGACACCUCAGAUCAACCACGUCUCCCACCCAGUCCUUCUAGAAGUCGGACAAGCGCGGGGUCGUGUGGGUUGGACGCAGCCCCUCCGGACUAGCAAGCCCGGGGGCCCCAGCAUCGUCAUUCGCCUGAGCACGGUCCGCUACCAUGUCGACGGCACGAGUACACAACUACCGCUCAAAGAGCUUGUCCAGAUUGCAGUUCACGAGAUGGUGCACGCGUAUCUGCUGCUCUUCUCUUGUCGCCGGGAGCAGUGUGAGGUGGACUUUGACGUCAUGCAUCGUAACGCGGAUGGCAAUGGGCAUGGCCUGGCGUUCGUCGCACUGCUGAAGGCCGUUGUGUGCCAGAUUCAGAGCUGGGCGCCGGAGUUAAGCGAGUUUGGGCUGACUGACGAGGCGAUCCACCCGUACGAGGACUUUGGGCUCGAGCUGUGGAAGAGAGGGGAUAGGAUCUCGUCCCGGAGUAAGGGGCAACGUGUUUGGUGGCUUGCUGCGAAGCCGAUGUAA